UAGGUUUUUCCUUCUCUAUAAAUUAUAUACCGCCUUCCCUCAAAUCUAAGUUCGUUUUUCGUAAAUCGUAAUCCAGCAAGAAGCAAGCAAGCGAGCGAAUCAUCAGUAGGGAUGAGUUAUUACAACCAGCAACAGCCUCCCGUUGGCGUUCCUCCUCCUCAAGGAUAUCCUCCUGAAAGCUACUCCAAGGAUGCUUAUCCUCCACCCGGUUAUCCUGCACAAGGUUAUCCACAGGGGUACCCCCCUCAGGGAUACCCUCCGCAAGGCUACCCUCCGCAGUACGCUCAACCACCACCGCAACGACAACAGGGAGCCGGCUUACUGGAAGGAUGUUUGGCUGCUCUUUGCUGUUGUUGCCUUCUGGACGCCUGCUUCUGAUAGGAGGUCAAACGCAUUGAAUUGUUGUUGAUGACUGUGGGGUGCGAUGAAAUUGAAGACUCUUGACAUACAGAAGGGCAUUCUCUCAUUCUCUGUACAUCUACAGUUUACAAUCUGUUCUUGUUUUGCUUUUUCAUUAUCACCAGAGAUUGUAAUUUGAUUGCCGGGGGGAUGUUUAUUUUAAAUUUUAAGUGUGUGAUUUUCAGACGUUAUUUUUA